CCACUUUCUUAGGAACUCAUAUUUCAGUGAAAAAAAUUACACCAACCAAUCCCAUUUUUUUCUAACCACCCUUUGUCUCUUUCUUCACCUUUUUCACAGAUUUUGUUCAAUCCCAUGCAUUCACACUUCAAACAAAGAAAAUAGGGAAUACCCAUUUUUCAACACCCUUUAAAGGUGGAAUCUUUAUUAUUUAUUGGCGUCAAAGAAACGCAUAGAGGAAAGAGAAAAAGAAAAAAGAUUCAGUUUUUAUUGUGUGUGAUUAAAAUAAUAUAAAAAGGUUUAUGCCUUUUUACUUACCCUUAUGGAUUUGGAUUAAGGUAUAGAUUAAUGGUGGAUGGGUUGGUGAAGAGUGGCGUUUCAAAGUUGAAUUCUUUUUGUUAAGUAGGGUCACCCCUUUUGUUGUGGUUUACGUUUUCUUCUUCAACAAGACUUCAUUGGUUUUUGUUUUACUUCAAAUCACAAAAUUGGAAUUUUUUUUUCUUUGGUUUUGGUUUUUGAGUGAAAAGAAAGAUGGGUUCUUAUGGAAAUCUUGCAAAGAGGGCUGUGGAAACUGAGAUGCCUAUUAUGGUUAAGAUGCAGGAAUUGCUACGAGGAGCUAAGAAUGCUGUGUCUUUGGCUCAGGGGGUGGUUUAUUGGCAACCUCCAAAGCAAGCAUUGGAUAAGGUGAAAGAGCUUGUGUAUGAGCCUUCUAUUAGUCGUUAUGGUAACGAUGAAGGUAUUCCUGAACUCAGAGCAGCAUUAGUGAAAAAGCUGCGUAAUGAAAAUAAUUUGCACAAAUCCUCGGUUAUGGUUACAGCCGGUGCCAAUCAGGCGUUCGUGAAUCUAGUUCUUACUCUAUGUGAUGCGGGGGAUUCCGUGGUUAUGUAUGCUCCUUACUACUUCAAUUCAUACAUGUCCUUCCAAAUGACUGGCAUUACCAAUAUACUAGUUGGUCCCGGUAACCCGGAAACACUUUAUCCAGAUGCAGACUGGUUGGAAAAAGUGUUAUCAGAAAGUAAACCUGUCCCGAAGCUAGUAACUGUUGUAAAUCCUGGCAACCCAACUGGAACCUACAUUCCAGAGUCUCUUCUAAAGAGGAUUGCAAAUCUGUGCGAGAAAGCUGGCUCUUGGCUUGUUGUGGACAAUACAUAUGAGUACUUUAUGUUUGAUGAUUUGAAACACACUUGUGUGGAAGGAAAUCAUGUUGUGAAUAUUUUCUCUUUCUCGAAAGCUUAUGGAAUGAUGGGAUGGCGAAUUGGAUACAUAGCAUACCCUUCUGAAGUAGAAGGACUUGGUUCCCAACUUCUCAAAGUCCAAGACAACAUUCCAAUUUGUGCUUCAAUAAUUUCACAACACCUUGCACUCUACUCCUUAGAAUUGGGACCCGAAUGGGUUACCGAACGAGUAAAAACUCUUGCGAAGAACAGACAAAUUGUCAUGGAGGCCCUUUCUUCUCUUGGAGAAGGUUCUAUUAAAGGAGGAGAAGGAGCUAUAUACCUUUGGGUGAAGAUUCCAAGCGGACAUGGCUACGAUGAUUUCGAAGUUGUUCGCUGGCUAGCUAAUAGGCACGGGAUUGCUGUUAUCCCGGGAAGUGCAUGCGGUGCUGCUGGAAAUCUUAGAAUUUCAUUUGGAGGCUUGACUGAAAAUGAUUGUAGAGCAGCAGCAGAAAGGCUUAAGAAAGGUUUGGAAGAAUUGGUUGCACAUGGUUUGGUACAAGACUAGUAACAAAAUAGUUUCAUCUCAAAAGAAAUUUAUAGAAAGAAAAGUCCAUUUGCCAGUCGAGAAAAUUUGCAGCUGGUGCAUUUGAAUAAAUGUUAGGAUUUUAUUUUCAGCCUUGUUAAUUUGGAGGGUACUAACAAGGUUUAAUAAUUUUCAUUUUGAAAAGUAGAUAAAUGCAUCAUAGACUUCUGUUCAUAUCAAUUGAUUUUUAUAUGUUUAUGCUUCUUGAUUGGAUUGA